CCAUCGAUUCCAUAAGUUACUUGCGAUUUGAUCGAUUUAAAGAUGGUAGCUAGUUUAUCAUUUCUGCGCGUGGCAUGUAGUCUAUUCCUAUAUUACGAUUAUCUGUCCCCGGCCGGAGUCUCUGCAGGCAUGUGGGGCCCAGCGCGUGCAGAACACUCAGCGGAAGGAGCGACUGUGGGGCGCAAACGACCCGCUUCUUCCGCCCUGGCGUCAGCACUCCCAAGCGCAUCAAUCGAUCCGCCAUCCCAGAGCCAGUUUCCUGUGUCCAGUUCCAGAAACAUUGGGUUGUCAUCAGCGCCGCCAGCCGAUGAUGACCUUCCGAGCUCAAGGACGCCCACCUAUUACGAGUUCAUCAAGCCAAAGUCAUCCGAUCGGGCUACCUUGAUCGACCUCACGAUUAGCAGCGAUACCGAGCACAGCAAAGGGGAUGCUCAUGAAAAGAUGAUAUUUGAGGAUGUAGACAGUAGAAUUGGUCGCAGUGACCGUUCCAUCCCACAAUCAGACUCCCACCAUGCUGGGUUUGCCGCAACCCACAGCUCCUCGAUUCCAAAGAAGCCCCGCCUAGGAAGUUCAGUCCCAUGGGCAGAGACUAUCCCUUACAUUUCCCACACCAGCUCCUCCCAAGAUCAUCAUGCUAAUUUGAGAUCUUUCGAUUUUGGAACAAGUAACAGAUAUCAUGAAAUGACGGGAAAGAGACCAGUUGAUGACACGAUCAACUUACACCAUGAAUUGACCGGAAGAUAUACGGAUCCCAGAUCAAACGUUGAGCCAGCUCUGGUUCCAGGUGACGUGAAUAAUGUUGAGUUUGGGGGUAGUGGAAGAGAGGGUGAAAGCAGAAUCAACAAUGCAAUGGCAGGAGGAUUGGAUCUGAAUAUGCCAGUCACUGAGGAACAAGAUUCUACUCUUGGUCCCAGCUCUGGAGAACAUGCCAGAGAAAAUGGUAUUCAACAAAACAACAAAGAUGAAAUUGCAAGUCGUGAUAAGAGCUCCAUAGACACUUCUGGAUCCAAUUACCAAUUGGAUUCACAUCAAGGAGGCUUAGAGAUAACUGCAAGUCUCAAAAACAAAGGAAAAAGGCCUGAGGAUGUGGAAUCUAUCCAAGAAGUUCAUCCAGCAAUGGCGCAAAAUAUGAUGAAUGCAAACAGACCCCCCACUGAAUUAAGGUUAGAGAAAAUAAAUCAUAAGAAGGCUUUGUUGAAUAGAUAUGAUGCUGAGAAGCAGCAGGAUACACAUGGACAAGGGCAUUCAGCAACAGAGCCAGAUGGGAUGAAUAUGGAUGGAAGUGGUCCCAAGCAAUUGGAAUCAAAUCAAAAAAUCAAAUACAAGAAGGCUUUGGUAGAUAGGUUUGAAACUGAGAGUCAGGAAAGUGACUCACAAGCAGUUCAUUCAGGAAUCAAUGAAGACAUGGUCCAUGACACAAAUUAUAAAGGUGCUCAUUAUGAAGUUGAAAAUACUCACUUUGAAGAAGAAGAAGAAGAAGAAAAUCUGCUUGAAAGGGAGCUUAAUUCAUUCCAAUGGCAAGAGAAGGAUGCCAAAUUCUGGGCAUGGAUCUCGAUGCUUUGGGAAGCAACUCCGGGAGCAGUGAUUAGCGAGGCCCAUGGAAUAAGCAAAGAGUUGGCAUCGGCACUCGAAGAGACGAUCUCGCUGGAACUGAAACUAUACGCCCAAAAGAUGACUGAGGAAGGAGUGUUCUCGCCCGAUGGGGUAUCGCUCCACAGUCGCUUGGUGUAUUUUGUGAACAGCUUAUGGUGCUUGAACCACCGACUUCUGCACUUCUGGGGCUACGAUAGUGGGGACAAGGAGUAUGUCGAGGCGCAGAUGGCCAUCCAACGGUGGCUAGUGAGCCUUCUUUCGGAAGACGAUUAUGAGCAGGUGGUCGAGUGUCUCAAUGACGGCCAUCAUCACGCUUCCAUCACUCCCGAAUCAACCAAGAUCAAAGAAUCGCUCUUCGAAUAUCUCCUGUCCAACCAACACCACUCCGAGCUUCGUGUGCCCAAGACUAAUCGCCCCCAUGGCGCGUACACCGAAGUCUCCGAACGCGAUAUCCUCCUCCUCAAAUUGGUCAUCAGGGCAAUGGGCAACUAUUACAAGAUUAGAAACCAUAGGAAAUGGGCCGAGGUUUUUGAAGAUGAACGAUCGUUUUUGAUGAAACUGGCAAAGAUACAAAGAUAUCUUAACAUUUCUCAGUACGACUCUAAGAUUAAAACCCCGCUUUAUAAAAAGAGUAAAUCGACUGCCUCAACUCUGUUACCAUGGGAAAACCGACUAUCGCCAGACUUCAAUCCGGCUGGAUUUAAAGCUCAAGACGAACAUACCUCAUGGUUAGUUAAUCGAUUAGACAGUUCUAUUAAGAGUCGUGACGAGUUUCAAGUGAUGAGGAACCCGAGAUUCCGGAAUCCGGUGCCGCUUCGCCUUGGAAAAGUAAAUGUAUUCGAUAUGGGAAAACAAGAGCCUAUCUUUUGGGCCUGGAUCUCGAUGAUCAAACAUUAUAAAGAGCCCACGGAAGAUCUGGAGAACGCGUUGAGAUCAGAGCUGGCUAAUGAACACAGUUUCCAGGAACUCCGUGCCAAGUUUUCCUCAGAAUACACGCUUGAGAAUUUUUCUGAACAGAAGAUUGACGAGUUCUUGGAAUCUCUGUGGUUGUAUAACUCCAUCCUCCUAAGAUUAUAUGGGAGGGAUCUGUCAGAUUUGAGUUAUUAUGAGGAACAAAGGAGUGUUCAACAAUGGUUUUUAAAACUGUACAACAAACGUGAAUCUUCCAAUCAUGGAUCUUUAGAAAACGUUGACAAGACUUUAUUCGUGAAAUUCUUUCUAUCAAAUGGGAACAUGGAAGCCUAUGAAGUGCUCCAAUACUCUACAAAGUCAAAACAACAAGAACCAAGAUACAUCACGCUAUACAAGAGCGAUCCUUGUCUGAGUGAGGGGGUCCUUCAAGCACUGGGAACGUACUACAAGCUCGCCAAUCCGGGCAAAUGGAAGGCGGCGUUCAAGGAGGACCAGAACCUGGCCUCCCUGUUUUUCAACAUUCAAUGCAAGCUGUUUGGAGCCGUCCCUGGCCAGGAAUUCAGGAAGGUCUUUGAGGAGUACAAAUCCAUCAAUAUGUUGCCCUGGGAAGAGGACGUGAAGAAGUUGGAGCUCGACAGAAUCCAGCAUCCUAGAAAGAAACCUCCCUUCCAACGCCAACUUAUCUUGAAGGUAGAUAUACAGAGAUAUGUCAAGGAUUUAAACCCAGUCUCUGAUCAUCAACUCAUCUCAAACAAACCUAGUUCAUCUAGGCCAUAACUUUCUUAUUUUCUCCCUGAAUCAAGAUCAACAUUGCACUUGAUUGAUUAAAUCUGUGACUUGUGGCAAUUUUUCCUGCUACUGAAUCAUUAAUCAUUCAAGCCAAAAAGGAUAAAUAAGCACCAUCAAUGUGUUAUGAUUAUUUCCACUCUCGAUAAUCCACUUACAUAUUUGCUCCAUUUAAUCAUUACAAGAUUUAAUACUCCAAAUUUCUAGCCACUUGCAGCCUGAUUACAUUCCAUUUUACUUUACUUUCCGAUUUGCUUUUAUUGAUGAUCAUAUACAUACAAGUUACAACCUGAGCGGCCCCCUAAAUCCGACUGCCAUGAAAUCGUGAUGAUCGUAGUCCAAAGAAGCGUGACCACAACCUCUUGUUGCGUCUAUGAGACUACAUGGCACUUUUAGUGAGGCUCAUGAUGACCCUGUAAUUUGCGCAAUGAGCUCCAACAAGUUGUGUGUGUGUGUUUUUCGCUUAUGUGAGUUGGGGGUGUUUCGUUGAGCUGGCUCGCCGCUUUGGGAGCCGGAUGAAGCCCAUGCCCUCGACGACGACGACGAGUAAUCCGUCCCAUCAUCCAGCAACACGUCCUUCUCCCCACCACCCCCCACCAGAUGCGAAAAGCACGGCUACCACAGAUGAGAUCAG